UGUCCAGUCACUCACUGAGGGCUCUGUCAGUUUCAGUUAUACCGUACACCAUUCCCUCAACCCUUUCCCCUAUUCAUUUUUUUGCCUCUCUUCUAGACACUUAUCUCUUAACUGUAUAUCAAAACGCAGUUUCUUUAACAAUUCAUCAACUAGUGUUCCUGGAGAGUGCUUUCCCUGCCAGGUGCAUGUUGCCGUUUCAAGACUUGCAUUUGAGCUCUGUAAUCUUUGUUUCUGGUUCGACCUUGAAUUGUAUUGUUGACUCUGGUAAGCGUACCGAGAGCUUUCAAGAAACGUCUAAGGAACAUUCAAGAUUUGAUUAGUUCAAGCCUAGGGUUCCGAGAGCAAGCAUUAGCGGUAAUUUCUUAACAACUACUUAAAGCCCGAGGUCCUUGGAGCGUGGUUUAAGUUAAUUGAGUUAGAAAUACGAGUGAUUGAAUGUGAUUAGUCAUGAUUUUAGCUUGUUAAUGUGUGGUUGUUGAUGGUUUAUAAGAAGUAGAUUGUUGCAUUUGCGGAUUGAACAUUUAGGUUUCUGAGGUGAAUAUCCAUUCAAUGGAUAUUGAUGAAGUGGAGGAUUUUCCUUGUUUGGACCCCGAGCUUUUGCAGCUUCAAGAGCUUUCUUCUUUAACGAUCAAACUGAGACCACAACUUGCUGAGGAGUUAUUUGCUCGGUGGCUUUCGCUACCAGAUACCGUCCGACUGGUAAAAUCUUUGAUUGCUGAUGCUAAGGCAGGUGUCCCGAUUAAUGGACUUGGGAACUCUUCUACUGUGAAUUUUUCUGGGAGCAAUUCAUUGCCUUCAACGUUUCCUGCUGGUAGUACACCUCCACUCUCACCCAGAAGUUCUUCUGGUUCUCCCCAUUCCCCUCGCAUUUCAAAACAGAGAAGUAGCCAUUCAUCUCUUGGGUCUCCAUUAAAAUUCUCCAUUGAACCGGUGCAAGAAGUCAUACCACAGUUCUAUUUCAAAAAUGGCUACCCUCCAUCAAAGGAACUAAAAGAAGAAUGUCUUUCGAGAAUUAAUCACCGUUUCAAUAAUCCUCUUGGCGGAUUGCAGAUUGAUGAGUUUAAACUAGUUACAAAGGAAAUAUGCCGGCUACCAUCCUUUUUCUCUUUUGCACUUUUUAGAAAGAUAGACAUUGACUGCACUGGCAUAGUGACCAGAGAUGCAUUUAUUAGGUACUGGGUUGAUGACAAUAUGGUGACAAUGGAUACAGCAACUAAAAUAUAUAAAAUUUUAAAGCAACCAGACUGUGAAUACCUUACUCAGGGUGACUUCAAACCUAUCCUUCGAGAACUUUUGGCAUCCCAUCCGGGUCUGGAGUUCCUACAUGGCACACCUGAAUUUCAAGAAAGAUAUGCUGAAACUGUCAUAUACAGAAUAUUUUAUCAUAUCAAUAGAUCAGAAAAUGGUCGUCUCACCCUCGGGGAGCUGAAACGUGGAAAUUUGAUUGCUGCCAUGCAACAUGUAGAUGAGGAAGAGGACAUUAACAAAGUUCUGAGGUACUUUUCAUAUGAGCACUUUUAUGUUAUAUACUGCAAGUUUUGGGAACUAGAUACGGACCGUGAUUUCUUAAUUGAAAAGGAGAACCUAGUCAGAUAUGGCAAUCAUGCCCUUACGUAUAGGAUCGUUGAUAGGAUAUUUUCACAGGUCCCAAGGAAGUUUUCUAGUGGGGUUGAAGGGAAGAUGAAUUAUGAAGAUUUUGUUUACUUCAUUCUUUCAGAAGAAGACAAAUCAUCUGAGCCUAGUAUCAAGUAUUGGUUCAAGUGUAUAGAUUUGGAUGAAAAUGGAGUGCUUACACUUAAUGAAAUGCAAUUCUUCUAUGAGGAGCAGCUGCAUCGUAUGGAAUGCAUUUCCCAAGAGCCUGUGUUUUUUGAGGAUAUUUUAUGUCAAAUAGUUGACAUGAUUGCUCCACAGAGGGAAGAUUGUAUAACACUUCGUGACUUGAAGGGAUGCAAAUUAUCAGGAAAUGUUUUCAAUAUCCUUUUCAAUCUUAACAAGUUUAUUGCCUUUGAAUCUCGGGAUCCAUUUCUGAUUCGCCAGGAACGUGAGGAUCCAUCUUUGACAGAGUGGGAUCGCUUUGCACGUAGAGAGUAUAUCAGGCUUUCUAUGGAAGAAGAUGUUGACAAUGUCUCAAAUGGAAGUGCUGAACCUUGGGAGGGAUCACUUGAAGCUCCUUUUUAAGAUCAUUGAGUCACAGGUGCCUACAGCAAAGCUGCUCCUUUUAUUCCUUCAUGUGAGCAGUGAAUAACAGAAGACUGGUCGUGUUGAAGACGAAUCUUAAAUAGAACUCAUGAGGUGCUGCAAACUUGAUCACUGAAAAUUUGAAGCUUGGUCAUGUAAGCUGAUGCACAUAUUAACUCAGUAGGUUAUACAAUUGGUUUUUUGUGGCCAAAGAGUUCAGGGAACGUCUCUAGACAGAAUUUUAGCUGCUCCUUAACAGAGAGAGUGCUAGUCUAUCUGGUGACUAUCAUCAUGGGUAUCAAAAUCAUCGCCAGCAAUGGUUAUUUGUGUUAUAAGCAGAUGAGCUCCAUAGACAACGUGUUCUUUUGAUGCCUUGUUGGGUGGCAUGUAAAGCCUUUUCUAGUUCAUUCAUUGGAUGAUCAUGUCAUCUUUCUAUCCCUCUCGUUUCUGUACAGUGUAUAUGUUCUUUGAUUGGAUUACAUAGAAAUCGGACAGACGCUUUCACUAGUCUCUCAUCAGGAAAGUUUGGCUCAAAAAGCUCAAAAGGUAAAAGUGCAAAUAAAGGAAGCAAUUCACAUAGCUUUUUGGCGGUUUUGUAGAUGGACGGCGGCUUACUACUAUAACAUUUAUACCAACUCAGUAGACAACUUAAUCUCCUAUAAUGAGUGAUGUUUUACCAUAUGUACCUUGUAUGGAUUUAAUUUAUUCAUAGCACAUGGUCUCUCCUUGGCAUCCUCAGGCCCAAGCAGUGUUCUCCUCCA